UGGCUAAUGAAAUUGGAUUAUGUCAAUAACAGCUGAUCAAUUAUAACCUGUGAAUAUGAAUACAAUGUAAAUACAGCAGAUAAACUUUUAUUUAAAUAAUUUAGCAGAAUGGCGAGCAAAGGUGUAGCAAUUGCUGAACUGUUUACCAAAGCCGUUGCCACCACUAAGUGCUUUGAUCAAAAUCUUCGUAAGGUGAAGGUGGUAUGCUGUGGAGAUGGCAGAAUGGUGACAGAAUUCCAAGUGGGUCCGGAGCAUUUGAACCAAAGAGGUACACUACACGGUGGGUUCAUCGCUCAUCUGGUAGAUGCGGUCUCCACUUAUGCGUUGACCACUAAUGAAAAAGUGGAUACGAGAGGAGUGUCUGUAGAACUUAAUGUCAGCUACAUGUCUGCAGCCCGAGAAGGUGACAAUGUGGAGGUUGAAGCCAUCACAAAGAAGAUCGGAAAAAAGAUAGCCUUUUUAGAAGUCCAAGUUAAAAAUAAAGAUAAGAAUCAAUUGCUGGCAACCGGUAGACAUACCAAAUAUAUAGGAAUCUAAAGCAAUAAACUUAUGUAGAUAAAAUCCUGCAAAAGUAUCUAUCUGUCUUAAUGUAGCCAGUAGCGCUUAUAUACGCCAAAACUACUGAACCAAUUUAGAUGAAUUUUGGUACACUGAUUAUUCUAUACCCUGAGAUAGGACAUGACCUACUGUGCCGCACGCAUGCGAAAAAAUUUUUUUCUAGAGCGAAUUCAUUAUUCAUUCUUGUAGUGUUUAUACAUAUGUCUUAUUUAUAAGCCUAAAGCAAACGAAGUCAAGGGCCCAGCUAGUUCUGUACCUAAUAGUGAGUUAAUUGUUCAUAGAAACAAGCAUGUUGUACAAAGUAGUACCUAGUAGUAAUUAAUAAGAAUUUUACGAGGUAUUUAUUAGCAAACAGAUUUUAUGUUGCGUUUCUCAUUAUUUACUUUAUUAGCAAUAUACCAAUCAAUAUACUUAGUGACAAAAUAA